GGAGACAAUGGCGGAUAAGGAUAAACAUAUGCCUGAGGCGAAACAAAAGGAUGGGGGGAGGCCCAAUCCCAGAAAGCGAUACAUGAGUACAGAGUCUGAGAGUGAGGAUACAACAAACGUCUCCUUACAAUGUCUUCAUGACCCUGACAUGGCCUGGCAUAAUAUGGAAAUGUCGUAUACUACAGUGGAACCUUCUAUAGAUAUGGAGUCAAGACGCUUACAAGACAACGGCCUUCCUAUGAAAAAGAAAAAGAAAAGUAAAACCAUGCGGUCAACAAUAAGGGGCUGCUUAUAUGGGGUCCUGAAACACUGCUUGAUGGCUGUGGUGCAGAAACAAUGUGCAGCUUGUAGAGAAAAAUCGCCAGGCCAAGAAGAUCAUACUUGUCUUUCCGAGGAUCAAGACCAUCUUUCUAAAAUACUGAAUACGUUAUGUGUAAAAAUCUGUUUUAAAAAACUUUUGUAUAUUAUUAUGCUAGUUGCUUAUAGGAAACAGGUUUUUCUACUCACAAAACGGGGCUUGUUGUUACUAAAUAACCUUCUGAGUAUUUUUCAAACCUCCCGAAAAGCCUAUCCAUAUUUAUUGAAAUUAUGUAAAUGUGGCGAUGAGCCGUAUAUACGAGAGGCCUUAAGAAUGGUUAAGGGGCAGGAUUAUAAAAACUUCUUCUGUGUGAAGCCUUGA